AUGAUAUAAUAACUACGGUUUGACUGAGCACUGGUGAGUAGAGUUGAGUAGGAAACUUCGUCAUCUUCACCACUGACGAUUCUUUCAUUCUCAUCUCACACAACACAAUGUCAGAAACACUCUCCAAUUUCAAAGAAGCCACACUCUCAAUCAUGUCCACGCGCCACUCAUGGACCGAAUUCCUCUCCCUCUCCUCCCUCUCCCUCCCAUCCUCCCUCUCAGAAACAACCACGCGCAUCGGCAUCAAUCUCACGCGCUUCCUCUUCAACUACUCCUCCAUUCUCCUCUUCAUCCUCCUCCUCACUCUCGUCUACCAUCCCCUCGCCAUCAUCCUCCUCCUAAUCGCCUUCUCCGGAUGGUACUUCCUCUUCUUCUCCCGUGACUCCUCCGAACCGUUCCUGCUAUUCAACCUAGUUUCGCUCGACGAACGCGUCGUCGUCGCGGCUCUGUCGGUUUUUAGUUUUGUUGCUAUCGCUGUUACCGGCGUGUGGUGGAACGUUGUGACGGCGGUUGUCGCGGCGGCGGCGGUGGUUUGCUUGCACGGUGCGUUGAGGAGGACGGAUGAAGGUGGUUUGGAUGAUUAUGAAUCUCCGUACGGUCCGAUGCUCAGUGACGGUGCUGGUCCUUAUUCAGCUGUUUGAUUUUCAGAUUCCAUUCUUUAUAUGUAGAUUGAAUUGAAUUCACUAACAAACUGCUAUUGGUUUAUAAUUUUUGUUAUGUUCUGCAAUUUAUUUAUAUACAUUGUUGAAAUUAGUGAGCAUGUAGUGUGAAUUAGGGUUUUGUGCAUAUACAAUUUAGAAUACUAGUGAAUAAAUUGAUUCCCUUUUUGCUUC